CGGCGAGAAGACGGAGGAGAAUAAGAGCCCUAGAAAUAAAGGGUUCUAGGGUUCUUCCCAAAUGGAAGUAUCCCAGCUCCUGGAUUCCUACUUCCACGGUGCCAAUGAUCUCGCAAACCUCCACACCUUGCAGCAGGAUCUGGAAUCGGAAUGCGGCCAGCUCGAGUUCAAGCUCCAGGACGCGCGAUCGCGGGCGCGCCAGGCAGCGGCCGAUGGAUCGGCCCAAAUGCACGCCAUCGCGGUGUCUCUCGAGGCGCUGUGUGGAUUCUGCGAGGAGCGAUCGUCGUCGCCGUCGCCGCCAGAGGCGGAGCCGGAGCUCUUGCGGGAGCUGAGCGAUCUGGCGGAGGAAGUGUCGCGCGUCGCCCAAGUUAGGGCUUAUGUCGAUGCAGUGCUCCAGCUCGAGAGGCUCGUCGGGGAUUUGGAGGAUGGAGUGUUCGCGGCGGCGUCCUCCACGCCGGUUGUCAGCCGAGGAGCUGCUGGAUCUCCCUCUUCUCAGGCUGGACAGUUCGUGAUCUCGGCUGUGAAUUCCCUGGCCGCGAUCGAGAAGUUGAUGGGCGAGAUCGUCGAGUGCCAGCCGCAAUGGGAUCGUCUCAUCUCCGCUGUGGACGUCCGUGUGGAUCGAGCAGCAGCAGCUCUCCGGCCAGUGGUAAUCUCGGACUAUCGUUCCAUCGUCAUUUCCAUAGGCUGGCCGCCUCCACUCUCCAUCUCCGGCGACAGGGAUGAUCAGCAAGCCCAAUCACACCCGCUGCUCCAGCUCCAAGGCGACGCCAAGAGAAAGUUCCGCGAGAGCUUUGUCUCGCUCUCGAGGUUCCAGGCCGGGCAAAUCCAGCGGAGGCGUCGUGAGUUUCGGGGAUAUAGAGACAAGACUCCAGCUCCUCGCGAGGCGCUGUGGUCGAUCGAAGAGCUGGUGCAUCCGAUAGCAGCGAAUGCCGAGGUCCACUUCAAGAAGUGGCUCCACAAGCCAGAGUUCGUCUUCGCUCUAGCUUACAGGAUCACACAGCAGCACGUAGCGGUAGUGGACGCUCUUCUCCAGCCGAUGUUGGACGAAGAGUUCCUGGGAUACAGUGCGAGAGAAGAGUGGAUAUCAUCCCUGGUGGCUAUGGUGGCGGAGCACUUACGACGAUGGGCUUUGCCGACUCUCAUGGAAGACUUGGAGGAUGCUCUGUCCGAUCAGGCCUCCACGGUUUGGCUACACACAGUCGAUCAGACGCUGUCCUUCGACUCCAAAAUGCAAGCUUUGGUUGAGAAAGGGAUCGGAAUGAGCAGCGGUGACGAGCAACUCUCGAGCAGUGUUUUUGGGGUCCGUCGGGCUUGCAUUGCCGUGUUCUCGGACCGUGGAGACUGGUUGGAAGUUUGGACUAGGCUCGAGCUAGGUGACGCGAGAAGAAAGAUGGCGGUGGAGUAUGGGAACGAAGCGGCUUGGAAGAUAAACUCCGCGAGCUCGAUCUCGGGCUCUACCGAGUUUAAGCCCCCGCUAGCAGCUUAUCGGCUCACUAGCGCGGCUUGGAACUUGGUUGAUCGAUGCAGGACUUUGCCCGAGGCCAGCCAGCGGCUACAGUUCGUGAGGAAAACGGCACUGCCGGUUUUGGACGAGUUUAUCGACGAGCUCUUGCAGAGAUGCCAGGAGAGUGAGGCAGUGACGGCUCUCGCCGAUGAGCCUUCGAUGAUCAAAGUCGGUGUCUGCCUCAACGCAGCUCGCUACUGCGAGAACACGGUCAGGGACUGGUGCGAGGAUUUCUUCUUUCUGGAACUCAGGCUCGCGGAGCUCCAGGAGAACUUGCCAGGUUUUUCUCCAGCGGCCGAGGAGCAGCUCGCGCAGAUUCAAGGCUCGGUUUUCGACUCGCAGUUGGAGAAGCUGUCGAGAUUCCGAAGCAGCUGGAGCGGGAAGCUGGUCUCGGUGGUGUCGAGAGGAUUCGACGCUCGCUGCCGCGAGUACUUCCGCAACAAGAAGAGAUGGUCCGAAGAGUGGGCUCCAAGCUUCGAAGAUGCACCGUCUGGAAGCUUGGUGGACGCACUGGCAGCACUCCAGAGCCAGCUUAGCUCUCUUAAGAACAGCCUCGAUCAGGCCAACUUUGUGGAGCUGUGGCAGCGGUUGAUCCCGAGUCUCGAUCAGCUGCUCUUCCUGGGACUGGUUCUCGGCGGUGCUCGAUUCUCGGAGCAGGGUGCCCGACAGUUUGGAGCGGACGUGAAAGCCUUGUUUCUCAUCUUCCGGCCUUACUGCGCUCGCCCGGCGAGUUUCUUCUCAGCAGUGAGCGAUGCGGCGAAGCUACUGGCUUUGGAUUCGCAGCAGGCUCUCGACUUCAUGGAGAGACUCCGGGGGUAUGAUUCGGAUGAGGAGCAAGAGGAGGAUUUGCUCGCGAAAUUGAGGAGUGUUUGUGGUGUGAGAAAGAUGACAGCGUCGGUGGUAUACAGAGUUCUUGGCUCUCGACUUCUUUAAAUAUUUGAUGGCCAUUGAGUUUAAAACUUUUUUGUUGAUUUAGUGUAUGAUGUUAUUAGUAUGAUGUCAUUUCAAAUUGAUUAAUUUAUUUUAUUUGAAAUUA